AUGGAUAGUUCAUCCGACCACAGCAGCCGCGCCAGCCCCGUCACCGGCAGCCCCAAACACCCCCACAGUCCCAGCGUGCAGCAGAGCCAGCAACAGCAGCUGCACCAGCAGCCGCCCCCGUCCCACCAGCAGCAGGCCCACGCCCGGGAGCAGAUCCGCGAGCAGCAUCAGCACCGCCGAGUCCCGACCCCUGGCUCGCCCACGCGGGGCUCGCCGCCCCAGGGGUUGCCCCUGAGUCCGCCGCCCUUGUCGGCCGGGGCCGGACCCGGGGCGCCCCCGGGCAUGGUCCCCAGGAUGCCCGGACUCCCGCCGCCCGGGCUGGGCCUGCUGGGCCAGCUCGGCGGCAUGCUCGGCGGCCACCACGGCUCGCCCUUGGAACUCAUGGCGGCCCAUCACGCCGUCCUGCCCCCCAGGUCCUACAACAGCCCGCCGCCCAUCAGCUCCACCGACCCCACCGCCAACGAGUGCAAGCUCGUCGACUAUCGCGGGCAGAAGGUCGCCGCCUUCAUCAUCGCCGGCGACACCAUGCUCUGUCUGCCCCAGGCCUUCGAGCUCUUCCUCAAACACCUCGUCGGCGGACUCCACACCGUUUACACCAAGCUCAAGAGACUCGAUAUCGUGCCCCUCGUGUGUAAUGUGGAGCAGGUCAGGAUCCUUAGGGGUCUCGGUGCCAUUCAGCCCGGCGUCAACCGAUGCAAGUUGCUCAGCUGCAAGGACUUCGACGUCCUCUACAGGGACUGCACCACGGCCAGGUAG